GACUGCUUCGCAUAGCCUUGCCGCUCACCUACAUGCGGCACCUGAUGACACUCGGACUAUGUUCGAGCUCUACUUCAACUACACUCGAGCGAUACUCCAACCUCACUCGAGCUACACAAACAUCAAUCCUCCUUCCGUCAGGUUCAUUGACCUGCCAAUGGGACGUGACCACAGCUGUGCAGUGCGGACAUCCUGACGAGAACAUAUCAUACACCACUCGGACCAUCUCCUCUUUCGCAAGCCUUCCAGAAGAGCAACGACUACACGAGAAACAAGACAAGCAAAGAGCAAUGGGAAAUCAAGAUUGGUGUGUUUGAAGUGUUAUAUUCUUGUUCUAUUCGACUUGCGACAGAUACGCCAUCGACAAGCCAUGCAAACCCACCAACAACCAUUCCUCCUCCUCUUCAACCCGAUGGGACGGGACCAUCCGUCCUGUCUGUCAACAGGGACAAUUAUUACCUAUAUUACUAACAAGAAUGUUUGUUUUGGAACGAUCCAUCCAGCCUUUGGAGCACACCC